AUGAGUGAGGCCGGUGGGCGGGUUUUCGGCCGCUCUUGUAGCCUUGGUGGAGCGCGCCCUCUCUGGGGGGCGCUUCCCACGUUAGAAGGUGCAGAGUGUGGGAUGCAGUGGGAUUACUUCGCUCAGCAGUGCUGUGUUCCUUUCUUACAGGAAGGAGUCAUCUGUAAGGAAAUGUCAGAUGCGAGGUUCGAUUCUGUUGGUGAUGAACAGAGGGUCAAUAGCAUUCAACCCGGAGAGCAAUUCAUCUUCAUUCAGUUCGUGAAUACGAAUGGAGAAGAAACGGGAACGCCCGUAUCCGUGCCAUGUAGCAGCUCCGUUUCUGAUCUUACUGACAUACUCAUUGCUUUCCGCGAAAAGGAAUUGGAAGGACUCGAAGCGUUUACAUUUUUUAUUGGGGAAACUCAAAUUCUGGAUGAUCUUGGCUCAGGCAUCGUCCAGUCUGCUGCAGCCAGGUUGCUUGACAGGGAAGGAAUUGGCGAUGGUGUAGCCGAGUCAGGCGCUUUGAUGGAGUCCAUUGUUAAAGUGACUUAUCAAGCUCAGGCAGUGUUCUGUGUCAAGCCUGUUACAAGAUGUACUAGCACACUUCCCGGUCACAAAGGUGCCGUUUUGGUUGCUCUUUUCUCACCAGAUGCUAGAGCUCUAGCUACGGGGUCAGGCGAUUGUAGUGUCCGCUUCUGGGACCUCAACACGGAACUUCCCCAAACCCUUGUCGCCAGUGCUCAUCAGUCACCGGUAUUGUGCCUCUCCUGGUCUCCCGACGGCCUGCGUCUCGCCUCUGGUUGUCAAGGCGGUCUAAUUUGUUUGUGGAAGCAAGACGAGACGGGCAACUGGGCUCUAGACUCACCUUCGCCUCUCAUCCAACCUGCACUUAAUCGAACACCCACCAACUCGAGGGCUCGUUGGAUUCGUUCACUUGUGUGGCGACCCUUUCAUCUGGACAAGGAUUGUCGUCUGUUAGCCGCAGCAUAUCAGGAGACGUCAAUAGUGAUCUGGGAUACGGUGACUGGAAGACCGCAUUGCAUCCUCACAGGCCACGAGAAGCCAGUGACGAGUCUUCGCUGGGGCGGAACAGAUCUCCUCUAUUCGGCCAGUCAGGAUCGUACGAUCCGUGUGUGGCGCUGCACCGACGGAGCGCUCUGCCGGCGGCUAGACCUGCACGGCCACUGGGUCAACUGCCUGGCGCUUAGCGUCGACUACGUUCUCCGCACUGGGCCCUUCGAUCCAGCCGAUGCUGUUCUCGUCAAGUCACCCUUCCCCGCCACUGCCGAAGCUAUGGAUAGAAGGGAAUUAAUGCAACAUCGAGCAAGGCAGCUAUAUGAGAAGGUCAAGGUGGGGAAGGGACCUGAGCGUUUGGUGGCGGGUUCCGAUGAUAACACACUGACCUUGUGGACUCCCGAAAUUUCAAAACACUCGAUCUGUCCGCGAAUGACCGGACAUCAGGGAGUGGUCAAUGACGUUAAGUUCUCGCCAGACUCUCGACUCAUCGCCAGUGCCAGUUUUGAUCAUUCUGUCAAGAUUUGGGAUGGGUCCACUGGACAGUUUCUGGCGACUAUGUUCGGCCACGUUCAGGAUGUAUACUUGGUAGCGUGGUCAAGUGACUCGCGUCUUCUGGUGUCCUGUUCACGAGAUUCUACGCUGAAGUUGUGGAGUGUGACUGAGGUCCGCCGUUGGAGACAGGAAGUGGCUGUGCAGAAGAGUCAAGAGGGGCAUAGAAAGAAGAAAAAAGAUGGUGAUAGUUAUGAUAAAAAGCCACCCCACCAGAGGCGACGCCACAUUCUUCACGAUCUUCCCGGUCACGCAGACGCCGUCUACGCGCUUGAUUGGAGCCCUGACGGGCAGAAAGUCGUGUCCGGUGGAAAAGACCGUGUAAUUAAGAUUGUCUGUACUAAAAUGAGCCAGUCUAAACAUAGUUCGCAUGACUCUUUAUCACCUGAAGAGUGCGACAGGUUGGUGCUUUCGCCUCCCCCGGCUGCUUUCAAUCCGGAGAAACUCAAAGAGUUUCUUUCUGUUAAUCGUACUACUUCUGCAAAAGUCAGCCUUCACUCGGUCAACACGGCAGAAGGCACUCCACCUCCACCCAGACACGCUAGUGUUGCCUGGUCCCGAAGUGAAUUUGAUUCCAAAUUUAAGCAAUACGAAUCAGAGAUGAAAUCAGCGGCUACUUCAGAAGCCCUUCAGAAAGUUCACUUGAGAAGAAUCUCACUCGAUCCCUCAAAGGACUCCGAACAAGUAACUGCUUCAACAUCUCCCAUCUCAAUUUGCACUGAACAGUCGAGUGGUGUACUGUCGACCCCACAGAAAGCAAGUCGACCACCCGCUCGAGGUGGCGUUGACGGUUGGAGGCGCUUCCUCUGUUGCGUCCCCUCUCGUGCCAAGCUACUUGAACAUCCGGAGCGUUUGGCUCUUCGACCCAUUUUGCGGCGUGACGAGUCCACCCACCCAAAUCCCGAAGUUUUCCCCGAAUUUACCACUACGAAAAUUACUAAAUCCCCCAACUGGUCUGGCCUAUUUAAAAGGCAAAAGAACCUCAGCACUGGAUCCACUACAGUAACAGCUAAGCUGCGCUCAGUACAAAAGUUGCCCCAGCUGGCAGACGAGCGUCUUAAGUCACCUGCGCCCACGCUCCUCGUCACUCGACACGAGGCCUCCGUCUCCGUGCCAUCCGAAGCCGACCACGCUCAUGGCGACGAAAAUGGUGUGGCAGGAUACCACGUGAACCUUGGCGACCGUAUGUCCGAAUCGGUCCACUCGCAGGAUAGUGUUCGUAGUGAAGACUCGGACCUGGAACCGGUUGACCAGGUGAAUCCUGGUCAAAAUUUGCUAGGCCAGCCUUCGCCUGACUGCAUAGGAAAGAAGUGCCUUGUUCUUGAUCUUGACGAGACACUGGUACACAGCUCUUUCAAGCCCGUGGAAAACGCUGACUUCACCGUGACAGUGGAAGUUGAGAAUAUUCAACAUGAGGUGUCAGUAUGCAAGCGGCCACAUUUGGAAACUUUCAUCGAGACAAUUGGUCCCCUGUUUGAGGUGGUUAUGUUCACGGCGAGCCUCAGCAAGUAUGCGGAUCCCGUUUGUGAUCGAAUUGACCCGUCGGGUCAUUUCAAACACCGACUUUUUCGGGAGUCAUGCGACUGUUUUAAAAGUAACUACAUCAAACGCCUCGACGUUCUCGGUCGGGAUAUCGAACAAAUCUGUAUUAUAGACAACUCUCCCAUCUCCUUCUACUUUCAUCGGCAAAAUGCGCUACAAAUUAUCACAUGGUACGAUGACCCGCAAGACACAGCAUUGCUGGAUCUCAUUCCCUACCUCAAGGGUCUGGCUGAGGCACCCAGCGUUCUCGAAUACGUCUCCCAGUUCGCACCUCCGUCAAGUGCGGUUAUUGAGCAGUCCGAUCCCUCUCUAUCGCUCUUUGGCGUCUCGGGCCUGUGGGGCGGGGGUUGGAGUAGCUACAACUACGACGACGAAGAGGAGGAAGACGCCGAGGUUCUCCAUGACGGCUUCCACGGCGCUCAACAACGGUGCCAGGAGGGUGAGGGAGGUCUCUCCUCUCCGCACGAUAUUAUCACCAUGGCGCCAAGACCCACCGGCGAGGCCGUCACGGCAACCUAG